GACUUCUUGUACUUGCCCUAUGAUCCGGCAGAGGGUGCCAACGAAGGCUUUGGCCUGGUCAGCUUCUUGCGCCCCAGUGUCGCCCGAGACUUCUACAGGGAGUUCAACGGGACCUUUCUGCGAGUGGCUCCGGUACAAGGCAAGGCCUUGUACGUGCACGCGUCCCCCAUCCAAGGAUUUGCUGAGCUGUACGAGAAGUUUAAGCCGGAUCCGAACUCCCAUCAGGACCCAAAAUGCAGCCCGCUGUUUCUGCGGCGGCCGCCAGCAACACUAGCGUCGCGCUCCAGCGACAUGGGAGUUCUUGAUCGGACCUACAAGGUAUCAGCACCAAGUGAGCACGCUGUGCCCCAGCGGCCAAAGGUAAGCCGCGGGGUUGCGCGCCGACUCUGUCCACGCUGUUCUACUGGACUGCAGGACUCUGUCUGCCCCAACUGUGGGGCAAAGGUGCAGGCCGAGUUUGAGGUCGCCCGGAGCAUCGCGAAUCCGCAUCCUGAGGCUUGGUAG